UCAUGGGUUAGUGAUAAGCACGCCUGGCUUCCUCAUCAUCAUUCCCUCCAACCUUUCUCUCUCUUAAAAAUUGUUCCUUUGCCUUUUCCUUCUCUCUCUAGAUAAAGCUUUCAAUUUGAUUCCCUCUCUCUCCUUCGUCUGCUUCUUCUGUUCAUCUUUGCUGCUUCGUCUCUCAAGGAAAGGAAGCAAAUUUGACUAACGUUUUGUAAUUUUUGCAAUUUGUUCUCAUCAGAUUGGAUCUGGGCUUUGAGCUGAAUAAGGUUAUUAGUGUUCUCUAUCCUUUGCGGCCUUUAUAAGUUGGAGAGAGUGGGGGUAAAAAGACUGGUUAAGUAUGUCUGUUUCCAUGAGAGACUUGGAUCCAGCUUUCCAAGGAGCUGGACAGAAAGCCGGUAUUGAGGUAUGGCGUAUAGAGAACUUCAGCCCUACCCCCAUCCCAAAGUCUUCCAUUGGGAGGUUUUUCACCGGAGACUCUUACAUAGUAUUGAAGACAACAGCGUUAAAAACGGGUGCAUUGCGCCAUGAUAUCCAUUACUGGCUUGGUAAAGAUACCUCUCAGGAUGAAGCUGGGACUGCUGCAGUUAAAACGGUUGAAUUAGAUGCAGCUCUAGGAGGCCGUGCUGUUCAGUAUCGUGAAGUCCAAGGCCACGAAACCGAGAAAUUCUUGUCGUAUUUUAAGCCAUGUAUCAUACCUCAAGAAGGUGGAGUAGCUUCAGGAUUCAAACAUGUGGAAGCUGAAGAACAUAUUACCCGCUUGUUCGUCUGUAGAGGAAAACAUGUGGUCCAUGUCAAAGAGGUUGCUUUUGCUCGGAGUUCUUUAACCCAUGACGAUAUUUACAUUCUUGACACAAAGUCCAAGAUCUUCCAGUUCAAUGGAUCCAAUUCAAGUAUCCAAGAGAGAGCAAAAGCACUUGAAGUGGUUCAAUACAUUAAAGACACUUACCAUGAUGGGACAUGUGAAGUUGCUACUGUUGAGGAUGGGAGACUUAUGGCUGAUGCUGAUAGUGGAGAGUUUUGGGGUUUCUUUGGUGGGUUUGCUCCCUUACCUAGAAAAACAGCUAAUGAAGAAGACAAAACUUACACUUCAGAUAUCAAAAAAUUAUUCUGUGUGGAGAAGGGACAAGCAAAUCCUGUUGAAGGCGAUUCUUUGAAAAGAGAGAUGCUGGAUACAAGCAAGUGUUACAUUCUUGAUUGUGGACUCGAAGUGUUUGUUUGGAUGGGAAGAACAACAUCUCUUGAUGAUAGAAAAGUUGCGAGUGGAGCAACAGAAGAAAUGAUCCGUUCCUCUGAACGACCCAAAUCGCAAAUGAUCCGCAUAAUAGAAGGGUUUGAGACCGUUACAUUCAGAUCAAAGUUUGAUACAUGGGCCCAAGUAACUAAUACAACUGUGUCAGAGGAUGGUAGAGGCAGAGUUGCUGCACUUUUGCAACGACAAGGAGUGAAUGUGAGAGGGCUAAUGAAAGCUGCUCCACCUAAAGAAGAGAUCCAAGCUUUCAUUGAUUGCACUGGGAAUCUGCAGGUGUGGCGUGUGAAUGGUCAGCAAAAGAUUCUCCUACAAGCUGCUGAUCAUUCGAAAUUCUAUAGUGGAGAUUGCUAUGUUUUCCAGUAUUCUUAUCCCGGAGAAGAAAAAGAAGAAGUUCUUAUAGGAACUUGGUUCGGAAAGCAAAGUGUGGAGGAAGAAAGAGCUUCUGCAGUCUCUAUGGCGAGCAAAAUGGUUGAGUCCAUGAAGUUUGUACCAGCUCAAGCUCGCAUCUAUGAAGGAAAGGAACCUGUUCAGUUCUUUGUCAUUAUGCAAACCUUUAUCGUUUUCAAGGGUGGUAUUAGCAGUGGGUACAAGAAAUACAUAGCAGAGAAAGAAGUUGGUGAUGAUACGUAUAAUGAGAAUGGUCUUGCUCUAUUCCGCAUUCAAGGGUCUGGUCCUGAAAAUAUGCAAGCCAUACAAGUUGACCCUGUUGCUUCAUCACUGAACUCCUCAUACUGCUACAUACUACAUAAUGAUUCUUCUGUCUUUACUUGGACUGGGAAUCUAGCAACCUCAACUGACCAGGAACUUGUUGAGAGGCAGCUAGAUCUUAUUAAGCCAAACCUACAGACUAGAGCACAAAAGGAAGGUUCAGAAUCAGAUCAGUUCUGGGAGUUGUUAGGAGGCAAAACCGAAUAUUCGAGCCAAAAGCUCACAAAAGAACCUGAAAGUGACCCUCACUUGUUCUCCUGCACAUUCACUAAAGAAAUUCUGAAGGUGACAGAGAUAUAUAACUUCACACAGGAUGACUUGAUGACUGAAGAUAUAUUCAUAGUAGACUGCCACUCAGAGAUCUUCGUAUGGGUUGGCCAAGAAGUAGUCCCCAAGAACAAGUUGCAAGCCUUAACUAUUGGAGAGAAAUUCAUUGAGAAAGAUUCUCUCCUGGAGAAGUUAUCUCCUGAAGCUCCUAUAUAUGUGAUCAUGGAAGGUGGUGAGCCAAGUUUCUUCACCCGUUUUUUCACUUCUUGGGAUUCUUCAAAGUCUGCUAUGCAUGGAAACUCAUUCCAGAGAAAGCUCAGAAUAGUCAAAAAUGUUGGAACUCCAGUUGCAGAGAAACCAAAACGAAGGACUCCAGCUUCAUAUGGUGGCCGUGCCAGUGUUCCAGACAAGUCACAGCAGCGGUCAAGAAGCAUGUCGUUUAGUCCAGACAGGGUUCGCGUGAGGGGAAGAUCUCCAGCGUUCAAUGCACUCGCAGCAACGUUUGAGAGCCAAAACGCAAGAAACCUCUCAACACCUCCACCUGUAGUUAGAAAACUCUACCCGAGAUCUGUUACUCCUGAUUCCUCAAAGCUUGCUCCCAAGUCUUCAGCCAUUUCUUCUCGUAGUGCCCUUUUUGAACAACAGCUAAAAACACCUCCCCAAGAACCUUCAAUACCAAAAUCACUCAAAGCGAGCCCAAAGACACCUGAGGCUCCAGCACCAGGAUCCAACUCAAAUGGAAAGGAGGAGGAGAAGGAGAAUGGGAAGGAGGAGGAGAAAUCAAUGAGCAGCAGGAUAGAAUAUCUGACGAUCCAAGAAGAUGCUAAGGAAGGAGUGGAAGAUGAAGAAGAUUUGCCAGCUUACCCAUACGAACGUCUCAAGACAACUUCUGCUGAUCCUAUCUCAGACAUUGAUGUAACAAGGAGAGAGGCUUACCUUUCAUCAGAGGAGUUCAAAGAGAAAUUUGGUAUGACGAAAGAAGCUUUCUACAAGCUGCCUAAAUGGAAACAGAACAAAUUCAAGAUGGCUGUUCAGCUCUUCUGAGCUACAAGAGGAGAAGAUUCAAGGGACAGUGUCAGUACAUUUUAAGCUGCUUCUGCUCCCCAUGAGAGAAGCUUAAUAACAUUUUUUUCAUGGAGCAGUUUUCUUUUCCUCUUAUUUUUCUUCUUUUUUCUCCUUAAAAUCUUUUCACCUUGGUUUUCAUCAUCAGUAUGCUUGUUUCUCUCUUUUAUCAUUUCCAACAUUUCUUUUUUAGUUUGAUGGGCUAAGGCUACAGGUUUUGGCCUUGAGUCUUUGAUUUAUUUAUUCUUGGGGUUACUUUGCUAUCAAAUUGAGGAAAUUUGGUUGCAAAAGGAAGAGGAAAUUUAGUGAAUAUUCAUAAAAACAAAUAGACUCUGCAUUUCUUUUUUAUCUUUUUCUUCUUGGCAGAAUUCAAGAAUUGUGUGACGUUUUUUUUUUG